CUUCCGGAGUUAUUCUUCCGUCGUCUUGUUUCCCAGGCUUCUCCACCAACGAACGCAGGACAGCAGUCUCGGUCUUUCUGCCACAGGGGUCUCAGCGCGACUCAAAGGGUGCAAAAUAUACAUUCAGGCCAACUACCGUGGAAGUUAUUGAAGACAUGUCUCAUACAAUUCUGCUGGUCCAGCCGACUAAGCGGCCAGAGGGGAGGACCUACGCUGAUUAUGAAUCUGUCAACGAGUGCAUGGAAGGUGUAUGUAAAAUGUAUGAGGAACACCUGAAGAGGAUGAACCCGAACAGCCCGUCAAUCACGUAUGACAUCAGCCAGCUGUUUGAUUUCAUUGACGACUUGGCAGACCUCAGCUGCCUGGUGUAUCGAGCGGACACACAGACAUACCAGCCCUACAAUAAGGACUGGAUCAAGGAGAAGAUCUACGUGCUGCUGCGUCGCCAGGCUCAGCAGGCAGGGAAAUGAAGAGCCGGUCUCGGGGGGGAGG